AUGGGCAAAGUCGGGCGCUUCGCGUGUAUCCUCACGCCUAUGUGCCUUACUCUCGCAUCUUUAAUAUGCUUCGUCAUUGUCAUGCUCGGUCAAACGCCAUGGUCGGGCAAUAAAGCACCAGCAACAGCCUUGGGGCGCGAUCUAUACUUCUUCAAGGCGAAUACUGGAAACAUUACAGCCGACCCUGACACCAUCGCCGACAAGAUCCCCGAAGGCAUCACACCAGACGCCGCAAAAGAGUUUCUCGACGCUCUGAAGGGCAAGCUCUCCUCGAAGGAACUCAAGGACUUCUACCAGGUCGGCCUCUUCUCCUACUGCGAGGGCGACAAGGAUGCCGAGUCUGGCGAAGAAAAAAUCACAUACUGCUCUGCGCGCAAGUUUCAGUUCCACUUCGAUCCCCUGGCUAUCUGGCAGAUGAACAACACCAACAUUCAGGAAGUUCUUGGCGAUAAAUAUGACAGUGGUAUGAACGCAUACAAGAAGGCUGCUGGCUGGAUGAACUGGGCUUUUGUUGUCACCCUGGUUCUUACCGCUGUGGAGCACAAACCAUCUUCCAUCCUUGCCGCCGCAACCGCAACCGCAAUCUAUGGUACCAUCACCGGUGUCUUCAAGACCGUCCUCGAACCCUACAACAUCGGUUCCUCCAUGGGCAGCCAGAUGCUCUCCGUCCUCUGGCUUGCCGUCGCCUUCUCCAUUGGCUCCGGCUUCUUCUGGCUCAUCAGCGUGUGCUGCUGCAGUGGAAAGAGCGGCCAUAAGAAGAUGGUCGUCGAGAAGACCCCUUACACAUACGAGAGGGUUGCCAGCCCGGCAUUUGGCCAGAGCGGGCACCAGAUGUCAAGCUGGCCCAAGAGCCAGCAGGACCCACCCAAGAUGGGACAGCCGACGGCUUAUGAGCCAUUUAGGUCGCGCGUCUAA